CACACACAGCUCAGCCACAGGGAUCGGGGCGGGGGGCGUGCCCGGGGCCCCACCACGGCCUGCCCGUGCCCUCUCCUAGACCAGGGCUCGCGAGGCAGGGACAGGCUGCUGCUGCCUGGGGUGUGAGGUGGGGGCGGGCGUCUGUGCCCCUCCAUCUGUGGGCCUCUGGUGACCCCCCUCCCCCCUCGUGCUCCAGCCUCAUUCCCCGAGGGUGGGACUGUGGUUUUGCUGUCUCAUGGGACAGGACAUAAUGAAAUAACCAGUCGGGGACUUCCCUUUCCAUCUGAGCCUAGACCCUCCGGCGCCCGGAGCACACAGCACCAGCCCCACCCGGAGCGAUGGACCCCCGCUGCCUCUGCCUCUGGGGUCUGCUCACAGGGGUUGCGCUGCGGGGCGGCUGGGCACAGCCGGGCUGGGACAUGUAUGUCCCCCCACGGAUAACGGGGCUGAGAGGAGAUUCCAUUGUGCUGCCCUGCAACUUCACACACCCGGAAUCCAACUACAUGGGUGACAUCCAGGUGAUCUGGAAGCCCGAUAUUUUCGAAUGCCUGGUGAGCAACAGCAGCACCGAGCCCGGCAGAUUCAACAACUGCACGACGGGGCAGGAGCCGAGUGGGCGCUACCGCCUGGCUGGGGACCCCCAGCAGCACAACCUCUCCCUGCACAUCGCAGGGCUGCGCUUCGAGGACAGCAGAGAGUACAAGUGCCGCGUGGUGCUCCGAGAAAAUCCGGGUUGGGCCUACGAGACCAAGAUGGGGAUAACGCUCACCGUGGAAGCACGACCCAGCAUCCUCAACCUCACGCUGCUCCCCGGCCCCCUCCCUGUGCGGGUGGCCUGCACAGCCGAGGGGAACCCCGUGCCCAACAUCACAUGGCUGGGGCCGGCGGGGAGCGAGGUGGAGCAGUCGCAGAACCUCGCUGGGCCCCAGAACCAGACGACACAGGAGCUGUCAGUGAGCCGGAUCGGGACCUACACCUGCUGGGCGGAGAACAUGCACGGCUGGGCUAAGCGCUCGGUGCUUGUGGGGCCGCCCCUGCUGCUCAUCAUCCUGCCAGCAGCCCUGCUCCUGCUCGCCGGCCUCCUGCUGCUCGUCCUCUGCUGCCGAUGGAAAGGUAGGGGAGAGGUGCACCCGGGGCAGCCCCUGCAGCGGGCCCGGCCAGGGUAG